UCCAUCUCCAGGCAUGUAUUUGAGGAAGUGUCUGGGACUCCCCUUCCACACGGGGCAUCAAUUUUUCCAGACAGAUGAAAGUUAAUGGCUACCAUGAUUCAGGCGAGUAAUUCUUGUGAAACCAGCUCCGGGGAUGUUGCCUAGGAAAACAAAUUCUGUCAGCACAGUCCCAUGCUGUGACGUGGUACCGAGUAUGCCACACUAUAUAUAAAACCCAGGAAGCAAUCCAAGUGGAACGGCACAUUUUAGCUCUGCUGCAGACCAUACACAGAAUACAGUGAUGCAGAAAACUAUUCCUGGCUGCCUUUUCCAGCAAAUGUGCUCCUCCCUUACGGGCAUUUCUAUGAAGAGAGACCACAUGAAAGACCUCAGAAGAUACCUGGUACUUAAAUACAUCCAAUACCUUGUCCUGUCUUCUUCAAAUGCUGUCAGCACAUUUCUGGGCCUGCUGGGCAGUUUGUACGCCAUAAUCAUCCUGCAGUCUGCAAAGGUUUCGUCCAAGUCCACUGCAGUCCUCAUCUCAAGCCUAGCAAAGGCAGACGUCCUGGUUAUUGUUAGCAUCGCUUCUGAGAUGGUUGUACGGACCUUGGGUGUCAAUAUCUUAUCUCCGGUGUUCACAUCAGCUCUGCUGCAGAACCUCCUCAGUGCAAACACACACAUCAGCUGCUUGCUGCUGAGCUGCGUUGCCUUCGAGGCUUACUUGAUCACCUUCUUCGCCACAGAGUCUCGGCAUUUCCGGACAGUGAAAAACGCCAGACUGACUUCUAGGAUCAUCUGGAUCCUGGUGACUGCAGAGUGCACCCUGUUCCAGGCAGACGACCUCCUGAAGGCCAGCAGCACUUCUGCUCUCACCCACAGCCCAUAUACCUUGUUGUUUCCCAUCUCCAGCACGGCCGCAGCCCUUCUCAGGUCCCUCAGCUACAUCCUGGGGAUUCUUUUAAGGAUUGUCAAUGUAUACCUCUACUACAAAAUAUUUUUUAGCAUGUCCAACAGAUCUACGCUAAAAACAAAGUAGUGGCUAUGCCUGGGGGAAGCAGCACUGUGACACCCAACAGGAGACACUGCAAUGCAACUUCAAACUGGUGGUUUGAAAACUGCUCAAUAACCAGCCCCAGGGCUCAUGUU